GCCGCCGCCACCGCCCGCGGGGAGACGGCCCGGAGCGCAGAGCCAGGACAACCCAGCUGUGGUGGCCAGGGAGGGGGCCUGACCCCCCCCCUAUGGCAGGGGACAGCCGUCGGGGGCCACCGCAGAGCACCAUCCCUUAUCAGCCCAUCUCAAGCACCCAGGAGGCCACCUGCACCCAUCAACCAUGUAGGCUCCACAGCUGGUCACCAUGUACCAGCGCUGCGCGGCCGUCCUCUGUGUCCUGGCCGUGUUGGGGCUGGAGGUGGCUGCGGUGGGGGAAUGCGAGCUCGCCCGACUGCUGCAGGACAAGCUGCGGUAUGAGAGGCGCCUGCAGUACAUGAAGCACAACUUCCCCAUUGACUACACUCUCCGAGUGCAGCACGAGGAGGUGCUGCGGACAGCCAACAUCACCCGCCUGCGUGACAAAAAGGUAUCAGAGGCAUCCCUGCGCUACCUGUGGUUCCACGCCUGUUCCCAGGCAGUGCUACACAUCCUCGAGGUGCUGCCGGAGAAGCACCCGUCCCGUGGGUACACGCAGGAGCUGAGUCAGCUUUUGGAUGCCCUGGGCAUGGAGUACAGUGGGUACUGGCAGCACCCCAAACUCUUUGCUCCCAUCGACGACGUGGCAGUGCCACAUCCCAUGUCCCCGCAGAGCGACGUGGACGCGGAGGUGGCCGACCUGGUGAAGCAGCUGCACAGCGGCGAUAGCCGCCUCAAGGCCGUGCGCCCCAAAGCGCUGCUGGACAACUGCAUCAAGGUCCUGCGGAUGCUCUUCGGGGCUCACUGUCGGUGGGACUCUGCUUAACGCCGACCCAUUGAGGAGGAUGAAGGCACACGUGGGGGGUGAUGGCAGUGCCGGCUCCCUUUUCUUUUGUACAAUUUUUUAAUUCCCACUCCCUUGGCUUUCAUUAAGCACCAAGUAACGUCCUAGCGCUCAAAUCUUAACUGCAAUAAAGAGAACCAGAGCCAUCACGCUUGCCGCGUCGUUUGGCGAGCCUUUCCCCUCCCUUUGGCUUUACGAAGGAAAUUCGGAUAUAUAACUCCAGAUGGACCAGAUGUUGGCUAUCUCCGUGUCUUGCUGUGACCCCAGCUUUCCCAGAGCAUCCCAGUGGCAAAUAGUUGGCCUCACGAUUCUCCGAGAAACCUCUUGAGAUGUCUCUGCGUCUCCUGACUUGCUAUGGGAGGAUGCUCACGCGCCCCCGAGCUGGGACUGCUGAAAAUAAAAGCAACCUCACAGAU